CUGAAUGAACUUCAGAGUUUCAGAGCGGUUCGAUCUUGCAUGUGACCUGUAACCUGCUAUAACCUCAAAGUUUUCCGAAAGUCGCUCGUUGUAAGAAGCUUGCAGAUAUGACCGACAGCAAAAACGACAAAGCGAAAGUCGAUCUCGGACUUCUCGAGGAAGACGACGAGUUCGAGGAGUUUCCCGCGGAAGAUUGGACCGCGAAAGACGAGGAUGGCGACGAUAUCAGCGUUUGGGAGGACAACUGGGACGACGACGACGUCGAGGACGACUUCAAUCAACAGUUGAGAGCACAGCUAGAAAAACAGAAGGCUGCGAGUGAAACAAUCAAGAAAAACUAAGAUCGUGAUGUACGUUUAAUCUUAUUAUUUUAUAUAAAUAAAUGUAAUUAAAUAUCUAA